UUGCUCUUAUGUAAGACGUGACGUAGAAAAGAGUUCCAAACAAACACAUCUAAAAGUAAUUACUUCAUAAAAUAGAAUAGUUUAUUUUAGAAUAGUUCGUUUUCGAAUUCAUGUUUGGAGCAUAAAUGCUUAUCAUGUGCUCAGCGGCGAAAGGAAAAUAAAACAUCGUGAGGAAACCCAUAUUUGGAGGUAUGUAACCUAACCUGUAUUGGGCUGGUUUUCGCAUCGCGGGUUGGAAGGUCAGACAGGCUUCUGUAAAAAACCGGACCUGUCAAAUCUUCAGAUUACGUAAGCCUGUGAAAAACGGGAUAAUGCUAGGGGGAUGGAUAAACCAAGGAAUAAUUGCAUACUUAGUAACAAACAAGAAGCCUUUAAAGAUGGGUGUCCGUUUUUUCUUUUAUUUAAACAUAAUACUAAUCUUCUACAUAGUAAACAGUGAAAGCAGUGAAAAAAUAGAACACGGUAAAUGUGUCAAUGACUUCGAAGAUCUAAAAGGCAACAAGAUAGAUUUAAAAAAACAAUGCAAAUUCAAAACUUGUGUGCCAAAGUGUUGCGGUGAUGGUGAAAUUAUCUUCAAAAACACAACUACAUUGUCAUGUAUCAACAUAACUGCGUUAGACCAUAAACAAACUAUACCUACAAAUAUGAAUAUAACAAUUUACAAACAUGAAAAAACUAUUAAUAACUACAGUGAUAAUAAUGUUGUUUUUAUAAAGAACAAUAAGUUUUUAGUGUCUAAAAAGGAUCAAAAAGGCUGUUCUGUUAAGGAUGUCGAGACGGAACAUUUUCACAUCAUUGAGAAUUCAAGCCUCUUAAUAGGACAACAAAGAGAUAAAAUUCAAGAUGUCGUCGACAUUCAAAAUUACUGCGUGGAUCGCAUUGUACAUAGCAUAGGAACCGAAAUGAAAGGUCCAGCGUUUUACUUCAAGCUGGUUGUUCCACAACCGCCAGUGUGUGCUGAUAAUUUUGCCGAUGUUGAUGGUAAUCAUGUAGACAUCAAAGAUUAUUGCUACAACAGACAUUGUAUUGCAAAAUGCUGCAAACGCGCCGACCGUAUUAUGUAUUAUGAUGGGAAAGCCACAGUUUGCCAAUUUAUAUCUAAAAUAAAACAAUUGACAAAUACCUCUAUUAAUGUGGACUAUUCCAAGAUAAACAUUUACAGAAGCAACAUAGAAGAAAAAGUUGAACAGUCUCAUAUGAAAUUGGACAGUGAUUUUCGGAUGGUCACAAAUAAGAAAUUGUCGAAUAAAACUUGUGUAUCCAGUGUUCCUAACGACGCCAUGAACAACUUUCAUAUUCUCGAGAACAAUUCUUUAGUAUUAGAACAUCCGAAUUUCUACAAAAGAUUUGUCCGAAGUUGGCCGAUGGGAGAUUUUUGCUUCGAGCAUCUAGUAAUACGGACUAAGAAAGGAGUUAGACAACCAUUCGUCAUUUAUAGAUACUUGGCCAUUGCUAGCAACGACACUGUUGCCACCGACAAUAAAGCUGAACAUGUCCUCAAAUCUGUUGCAAUGCUCAUUUCGUGUUUCUUCCUGAUCCUCGUACUUUGCGUCUAUGGAGUCAUUCGAGAACUGAGGAAUCUGGUCGGCAUGGUCCUUAUGGCGUACGUGGGCACCCUAGCUGUCACUUUCUUCUUCAAGGCUGUUGAACUCAUCGCACUGCAGAACGAAUCCAUGUCUUCUAAAGUUUGCAAGCCUUUGAGUGUGUUCCUAUAUUACACAACGAUAAGCAGUUUCUUUUGGAUGAAUAUCAUGUCUUUGGAUAUUUGGUGGACGUUCAGAGCUAUUUUCAAAUGUCGACGCAUCCACCGUCGCGGGGAUCUCGUGAAAUUUGGAUGGUAUGCUCUAUACUCCUGGGGAGUUCCACUACUCCUGACCAUUGCCGUUGCAGCCAUAGACUACUCCGAUCUGUCCCAUAUGCCCCAUAUCUACCAACCCCACUUCCAGUACUGCUUUUACAUAAAGGAUAACCAGAUAGAAAUGCGGCAUUAUCUGUACAUGCCUAUUCUGGGUCUUCUCAUUUUGGACUGUAUAUUCUAUUUGAUGACAGCUUUUAACAUCUGGCGGAUCAGGAAAAGCAUGGGACAGUUUACUAAUGAGGCGGGUAAAUACAACAACAAUCAAAACAGAUUCGGCCUGUACCUCAAGUUAUCUUUAGUCAUGGGUAUCAGCUGGGUGUUCGACAUGAUCGCUCUGCCAUGGUACCUGGAACGAGUAGCGACAGCUUACAACUCCCUGAUUGGUGUUGCCAUCUUCUUCAUCUUCGUCUUCAAAAGGAAGAUCCUUUUAAUGCUGUGCAAAAGGUUCUCCAGUGGCGAGAGUCCAGAGAUAAACAAUGAUGAAGAAGUAGACUUACAUCCCAUGAAGAAACAUUUGUCUUUCUUCAAAAAUUUGCCCAGUCGGAUAUCGAACCCGGGACCUUUGAUGCAGAAGGCAGACGGAGUACCUAUCAACUAAGCUAGCUCGUCCAGUAACUGAAUCAAAUGAUGGCAAAAAAAUGUAGGAAUAUCGUCAAAUAUAAUAUAUGUAAAUGUAAAUAUAAAUACAAUUUAUAUACAUACCCAUAUUUACAUUUACAAAUAUAGUAAUAUAUGUAAAUAUAUUCGUAUAAUAUUGUAUAAUUGUUGCCUGCCAUCUAUUACAAGAGGUUCUAUUUAUAGAUCAAUAAAUAUUAUAUUUUCCAUAAUGUAUUUUCCUAUAA